AUGGUUACCUUUACCCUCAGUCCUGAUUACGGCUACGUAAUUCUCGCCGCAACCUCCACCUUCAUCCUCAACACCAUCCACGGCUUCAACACCGGAUCCCAUCGCAAAGCAGCGCAAAUCGACUAUCCAGCCGCCUACGCACCCUCAUCACGUACAGACGAAGCAGCCUACCGAUUCAACUGCGCACAACGCUCGCAUGCGAAUUUCACCGAGAACCAUACCAUAGCCGUCACUGCGCUCUUGAUUUCCGGACUCGAGUUUCCAAAGACAGCGGCGGUUUUCGGCGGUGCGUGGACAUUCUUUAGGUGGAUGUAUAUGAGGGGUUAUAGUCAGGGUGGGGAGAAGGGAAAGGGAAGGUAUAAGGGGAUUUAUUAUUGGUUUUUUCAGACAGGGUUGAUGGGCUUGUGUGGGUAUAUGGGUGUGCAGAUGGUUUUGGAGGGGAGGAAGUAA